CUUUAAACUACGGAUCAACCUCGCAACCUCACUUCACUCCCACUUCACCGCCAGCCUUGGGCCCCUCUCAACGAUGAUCUUAGUUCUUACGCCAAACCUCGAUCCUGCGUUAGCAGACGAGGCGGUGACGAUGAAUCCGGUUCCUGCGGAGUGGUCUCCGCUCACGAAUCCAUUCUGCGCAAUUGGCAGCACAUGACCCCAUUCAGACCAUCAAGAUUGAGUCCGAAUCAAGCAAGGGUUUAAGUUCAUGAAAAGUCCAGAUACUCCCACAGAAUGUGCCGAGGAAUCUGGAGCUAAUAUGAGUGACUUUACGCUCAAUCGACAGCAGUGAGCUGGCUAUGGCUGUCUUGGCCGUGGCUGUCACUGUUGCUAGGCAUACAGAUCGUUGGCCGCCGUCUGUGGGGAAUCUCCUCCCCCACAAGGAACUCCGCCUGAAGGAUGUCGACCCCGGCAAUUGCUCCAGUCUCCAUCCAUGGGCAGGUAGACGUACAUAAGUACGGGGACACCCUACGAGUACCGAUCAUACACUUUCCUUCUUUCCACUUGCUGGGCCCCUUGAUCUCAGGCAACAUGCUUGAAGCUUUGAAGAAUCUCACAAAGGAUUCCAGUUCCGCGGCCGCCAAUGGCGACUCUUCACCAAAGGACGCCCGGAAAGCCAACGAAGCAGGGCCCAGAAAGGCCGGCGAUCCUUUAUGCCUACCACCUGGGAUUGACUCGGAGAAGUUCAAAGAGUUCAUUGACCGUGUCCUUGACAUUGUCGGCCAGACAAACGUCACAGUCAUCACUGGGACUGAAAACUUGGACAAGGAAAGCUACCUGGACCCCAGUAAGGUCCACGAUAUGUUCCAUGUCCUUGCCGAGGAUUACUUUGUCAGUUCUGCCGUCGUGGCCCCGAGAAAUGUGCAAGAUGUCCAAGCCAUAAUGAGACUUUGCAACGAAUUCGAAAUCCCGGUAUGGCCGUUUUCCAUUGGCAGAAAUGUUGGCUAUGGCGGAGCUGCACCCAGGGUACCAGGAAGCAUUGGACUGGACAUGGGAAGGAACAUGGACAAAAUUCUCGAGGUCAAUGUGGAUGGUGCGUACGCACUGGUCGAGCCGGGCGUCACCUUCCAAGGCCUCCACGACUAUCUGGUCAAGAACAACCUUCGUGACAAGUUGUGGAUCGAUGUCCCGGAUCUUGGAGGCGGGUCGGUCCUCGGGAACACCAUCGAAAGGGGGGUCGGCUAUACUGUUCGUAUAUGUAUCAGAUCGAACAAAUCGGGAAUUGCUAACGAUCGAAAUCAAGCCUUAUGGUGAUCACUGGAUGAUGCAUUGUGGUCUUGAGGUCGUUCUCCCCGAUGGUACCCUUGUGAGAACGGGAAUGGGCGCGCUACCUGACCCAGACGCCGACCCCAACGUCCCGCCGGACCAACAGUCGGGAAACAAGACGUGGCAGUUAUUCAACUACGGAUUCGGGCCGUACAAUGACGGCAUCUUUACUCAGUCAUCUCUCGGUGUUGUCGUCAAGAUGGGCAUCUGGCUGAUGGCCAAUCCCGGCGGAUACCAGUCUUACCUGAUCACGUUCCCUCGGGAUGAAGAUCUUCAUCAGGCGGUUGAGAUCAUCCGCCCGUUGAGGAUAGGCAUGGUCUUGCAGAACGUGCCUUCAAUUCGUCACGUAUUAUUGGAUGCUGCCGUGAUGGGCGACCGCAAGAAGUACUCGAAUUCCGACAAGCCGCUUACCGAUACCGAAAUCGAUGAAAUCGCCGCUAAGCUUAAUCUUGGCCGCUGGAACUUUUAUGGCGCGCUUUACGGACCUGCCCCGAUCCGAGAAGCCAUGUGGCAAGUUGUCAAGGCAUCGUUCUCAAAGAUUCCGGGGGCUAAGUUCUACUUUCCGGAAGACAUGCCCGAGAAUAAGGUCCUUCAGAUUCGGGACGGCACGCUACAAGGUAUUCCAAGUGUAGAUGAGUUGGCAUGGGUCGACUGGCUUCCGAACGGGGCACAUUUGUUCUUCAGCCCUAUCGCCAAAGUCAGCGGAGACGAUGCCGUGGCCCAAUAUGAGUUGACACGGCGCAGAAGCGAGGAGCUGGGGUUCGACUUCAUUGGCACCUUCGUGGUCGGCAUGCGCGAGAUGCAUCAUAUCGUAUGCAUAGUAUUCAACCGCAAGGACCGUCAGCAGCGGGAGAAUGCACACAAGCUGAUCCAUACGCUGAUCGAUGAUGCGGCAAAGCUUGGUUGGGGAGAAUACCGAACUCAUCUUGCGCUUAUGGACCAGAUUGCCGGGACUUACAAUUUCAACGACAACGCCCAGAUGAAGCUAAACGAGACGAUCAAGAAUGCGUUGGAUCCCAAAGGUAUCCUGGCGCCUGGGAAGAACGGUAUUUGGCCCAGCUCCUACGAUAAAAAGGCUUGGAGCUUACAGCCUGGAGACCGGAACGGAGAGCAGGGUACGCGUAGCUAAUUCAUAUGGCCUACAUCGCCGGAAGCAUUGUAAAAAGGCCUGGAAAGUGGCCAGACUCGUUGGCUCAGUCAGAUUUCCCGUUCCCACGUUGCUUUCGGCGGGUUUGAUUAAUGUGUACUCCGCAAUAAGCAAAU